AUGCCUGCGCCGAUUCCUACACCAUUCCAGUCUCGAUUGGGGCCUGAAGAGUUCGAUUGUGUUGUAGUGGGGUUGGCAAUUACAAUUGAAGUUGAAGUAGUUGUCGACGCAUCGGAUGCUGAAUGGGAACUUGCAGCAGUUGAAGUAGUCACUGAUGAACUUCUUGAUGGCAUGAGCGAUGACGAAGACGCAGAUAAAGACGAGGACGACGAAGAAGACUUGGCGAGGACGAUCAACACUGUGGGCUAUCGACAGGACAGCAUCAAGACCAUAAGUGCUUACAUGUGCAGAGGUCCGGGCAAUGGGCAGAUGUCCAGGAUUUAUCGGUGCAACUUGCUUGCUUCAGGUUUGCGUCCGUAUCAGAACUCGAACACAUACCGUUCGGUAGACAGCUUCUGUCAGGCUCGCAGCAAGAAUGAGAAGCGAUUCCGACAAACAAGACAGUCUCAUUGCGAAAGGCUUCGUGUAGUACUUUCGUCCAGGAGUCGUGAGCUCGAAUCGAUUUCUGGUGAAAUGUUGCUGGCCCAAGAGGUAGAGAACGACCAUGAUUUUAAUGAUCCUUCGGUCUUCCAUCUGCCGCAAUGUUCAGAGAUAUGUCCCAGGCGACUAUCUUGCAUCGCGUCAUUGGUCUACAUGGCGCUUAAGCAUGGUUGUCGGCGCUUGGAAAUGCACAAUGGUUGGCUGCAACAGUGGUCGAGUGCAUGGAAACAUAAAAAAUUCAUGGGAUCUGCCGACGCCCGAGCAGUCCAUGCUUCAUCAGAGAUAUACAAGUGGUCCAUGUAUCGCGAGGUUUCUGUUGCGCGUUGCUCGUGGAACGGAAUCGUGAUCCGGAAGAUGUGA